AUGGAGGGUGGUGAAGAGUCGCGUGUGCAAGCUGCGACCCCGCAGUUUGAUGUUGUGGCGCAUGUGGCUGCGCGUUUUGACUCAUGCCCCUCCAUUCCAAACAUUGGAGCCCUUGAGCUGUUUGAGCUUGAGUCUCUAUAUUCCAAUUUCACCAAAGACAUGGCCGACGCACCAGCACCCACAGAGGAGAAAGGGCCCUCCAAGCGCGCCCUUGAGAAAGAGAGGAAGAAGGCAGAGGCCAAAGCAAAAAAGGCAGCACAUGCUCUGCGACCAAAAGAGCAGGCUAAACCCGCAGCCAGCAAAGAGCCCACCAGUAUCUUUUCAGAAGGCUGGCUGAAGCGUGUGUACGAAGAGAAGCCCGCCACAGAAGUUCGCACUCGAUUCCCUCCCGAGCCCAACGGCUACCUUCACAUCGGCCAUGCCAAGGCGAUAGCUGUCGACUUUGGCUUUGCAAAGCAUCACAAUGGCGCCUGUAACCUCCGAUAUGACGACACGAACCCUGAGAAGGAGGAGGAGAAGUACUUCACAAGCAUUUUGGAUAUCGUGAAGUGGCUCGGCUUUGAGCCUGCGAAAGUCACGUAUAGCAGCGACUGCUUCGAUAAGCUGUAUGAGCUGGCGGAAGAGCUCAUCAACAAAGAUGGCGCAUACCGCGGCGGGCCCGACAACCGCGGCGAGCGCUACGGCUGCGACCACCGUUCACGGCCCAUUGAAGAGUCACUUACCGAGUUCCGCGCCAUGCGCGACGGCAAAUACCAGGCUGGAGAGGCGUUUCUGCGCAUGAAGCAGAAACUCACAGACCCCACCGAGGGCAACCCGCAGAUGUGGGAUCUGCCCGCCUACCGCGUCGUCAAGGAGAACCACCACCACCGAACCGGCGACAAGUGGAGAAUCUACCCUACCUACGACUUCACGCACUGCAUUGUCGAUGCUCUAGAGGGCGUCACGCAUUCACUAUGUACCGUUGAAUUUCGCCAAUCUCGCGUCUCAUACGACUGGCUACUGGAGAAACUCGACAUGAAGCUCCCCAAGUCCGACGAAAAGGGCCCUAUGCAGCGCGAAUUCGGCCGUCUGAGUGUUGGCGGCACAAUCCUGUCGAAACGCCGCAUCCUCCAGCUCGUCGAGGGCGUGACCGUCGGCGACAAGAAAAUCCCCCCCUGCGACCCGCGCCUCUUCACCAUGGUCGCCCUGCGCCGCCGCGGCAUCCCCGCUCAGGCCAUGCUCAACUUCGUCGCGGAGCUGGGCGUUACCGACGCGCUGAGUGAGAUUGAGCCGCCGCGCUUCGAGGCGUCGAUUCGCAAGCAUCUCGAGCGCACGGUGCCGCGGCAGAUGCUCGUGCUCGACCCUAUAAAAGUCGUUAUUGAAGAUUUCUCCGCCGAAGAUGAGCAGGAUAUGGUCGUGCCGUAUGAUCCCAAGGGAACCAUCCCAGGCGAGCGCACAGUCAAGUUGGGUGGUGCGGUAUACAUUGACCGCAGCGAUUUCCGCGAAGAAGACGACCCGGACUACUUCCGCCUCGCACCCAACAAGGCCGUCGGGCUGUACAACGUGCCCUUCGCCAUCCGCGCCACGUCGUUCAAGAAAGACGACAACGGCAACGUGACGGAAAUCUCCGCCGUCAAAGUCCCCGCCACCGAGAAGCCAAAAGCAUACAUCCAGUGGGUGGAUGUAGCCAGCAGCAUCCCCGUGACCGCACGGCUGUACAACUCGCUGUUCAACAGCGCGUCGCCGAACACGCUGGAUUGGAAGACGGGCGGCUGGGCGGACGACCUGAACCCCAAUUCUGAAAUCGUGUACGGCAAGGCGGUGAUUGAGAAGGGACUGCGGGAUCUGAUUAAGCAGAACGAGUUGAAUCCGAGUGGGAGUUCAGACGCGCUUGUGCGCUUCCAGGCGCUGCGCACGGCGUAUUUCUGCGUGGAUAUCGAGUCUGCGGAAGACAAGAUUGUGCUGAAUCAGAUCGUGAGCCUGAGGGAGGAUAAGGGGAAAUAG